AGCUGUAGCAGGUUAAAUAUAAACCGUGCUAAUGUCUGGGAUGGUGCUCUGAGGGGAUUCAAACGUUCCUCAUUUGACCCCACCUGUAGCCUUUUGGUCAAAUUCACUGAUGACAUCGGGCAAACAGAGGAGGCUGUGGACACAGGAGGGCCUACGCGGGAAUUUCUGACACUCUUGAUGGACGCCAUUAAAACCAGUCGAUUUUUUGAAGGCAAAGAUGAUGGCAAAUACCUGUCAUUUAAUAGCAAAGCUGCAGAGGGUGAUGAGUAUUUCCAUGUUGGAAGAAUGGUUGCGGUCUCUAUUGUACAUGGUGGUCCAGGGCCUCGAUGCUUUUCCCCGAGCUUCUACCAGUACCUGGUUGGUAAAGUGAAGACCAUUGAGGCCCCAAUUGAGGACAUACCUGAUACUGAAGUCAGGAAUGUUCUCCUUGAGAUUAAGAAUGCUAGAACAUUGGAAGAACUCAUGGAACUCGCAGAUAAGCACUCCAGCAUGCUUCAAACAGCAGGAUGCUAUCGAUGCCUGAGGACACUGGAGGAUAAGGAAAAAGUUGUGGAUGGUUACAUCCAGUGGUACUUCACCUACCGUAACCAUGUUUCCUUCCAGAGGUUCAAGGAUGGCCUGGCUACCCUCAACUUUUUCAACGCUCUGGAACAGCAUCCCUCCCUUUUCCUGCCCUACAUGUGUUACAGUGCGGAAGACCUGACAGCCGAGAGUGUAGAGUCACUUUUCCGUCCACAAAUGAGCCCAACUGGUAGCUCAAAUCGCCAUGAGGAGGAGAGAGUGCUUGGCUACUGGCUGGACUACUUAAUCGCUGUAAAAGAGGAAGGGUCAGGGAUGUCCCUGCAGGACAUUCUGAUGUUUGCAACAGGCCUGAAAGAAAUCCCAGCAGCAAAAUUAAUACCACAGCCUCAACUCACAUUCCAGAAACACUCAAGGUUUCCUGAGGCUAAUGUCUGCGCUAACACAAUAAAACUCCCGAUCUUACCCUCAUAUGAAAUCUUUGAGGAAGCCAUGAAUUAUGGAAUCAAGAACGCCCCUGGAUUUGGGCUCCUUUGA